AUGACCUGGAUACCGGAUGGUGUCAACAUUGCAGCAGCUUUGCUGUCAGAGGGGCAGGUGAUGCACUUCAAGCUCGUGGAUGUUUCGCCCCCGGGACCCGUCACCACGAGGAUCCGGUACUGGUCCCAAGAAAGUGACAGCCUAGAGUUUUUGGAGCGACCCCGUGCACUUCCAGACACUGUCGAUGUGAUUGUGGCCCACGUGCAGACAGACAAGGACGACACUUGUGGCGAGGAGCUGCAAAAAAAGAUGAAGAAAUUCUGCCCCGCGUUUGUGCUUCUGAUUGUGGGGCCCUCCUUGGAUAGGGCAGCUUUCGUUGGCAAGUGGGCCGCAGACUGGAUCGUGCAGGACGACAAUGCCUUGACCAACCGAGUAGAGCAUUGGCUGCCUCAUGUUCCUGGCCACAGCAAUGUCGUGUUGUUGGCCAAAGACAAAUCCUUGCUUCAGAAGGCCACCGCCUCUGCGCAACAAUCGUUCAAGGACUGGGCCGCAACCCAGACUCGAGGGACUUCCUUGGCCAGCCAUCUGCUUGCUCAGAAGGAGUUCAAGAAAGCCUGGAAGGGCAAACCGGAGAUGAAGGAGGAGUCGGAGAAGCCAAACAAGCGAAAGGCAGACGCAGGAGACGUGGAUGAGCCGCCGCAGAAGAAGAUCACUCGUGAGGACGUCAUUGCGCAGGCGAAGUCCUUGAACUUGAUGUGCGACGACUAUGCUGCAACCGAGGAGCACCUGAAGGCAGUUACACAGGCCAAAGUCACACAGAGGCUCAGCGUGAAAGGCGAGGUCCUUGCCUUGCUGCUGCUUGCACAGGCUUCAGAGAGUGGCUGCACUCAGCCUUUGGUCAUUUCAACCAGCAAGUGGCCCAAGCCCAAAGCCAGCUUUGCAAGUCUUCCUCGAUCCCUGCAUGACGUGAUCCUGGUGGUGCCAUCUUCGAGACAGGGUGGGGAAAUGCUUGUGCGAAGCCUCCUACCCGCAGAGAUCUUGAAGAUGAAGGGUUGGAACUGGAGAAGGACAAGCCUGGCAACACUCAGUCCAAAGACAGAGACAAAGACUGCUGAACGAAUGCCGUACAUGCCGGUGGUGCGCUCCUGGCUGCAAGGUGUUCUUAGUCAUGUGACAAAGUGA